UUGUCCAUAGCACCCCGUGUUUUCGUCGCGUAGUUGGCUUGUUUCGAUAGGGUUAAAUUGCCCGUCAAAGAGUUCCUUGAAAUGAUCCUGUGAGUCAACCGUUUCCCGUUUGAGACCGCCUCCUUCGUCUCUUGCCAGCCGGCUCAGUGGUUUCGUUGUGUUGUCAGUUUUUGCCCAUGUCCCGCAAAAUAGCCGCUGCUCGCGAAUCCUCGUCGCCCGGGAUCGGUUCGGAUCGGAAAGCGGCCGCUCAUCGCGCUCCCCCACAGGUCAGAGACUCGCCGCCGGGCGCGGAAGCUCAGAGCGCGUCAAGCGGGGUACGCGACGCCAAUGCCGGGCGCUCAGGAGCCCCCUUCUGAUGGACUGAGCUAACGUGCGGGAUGGUCAAGGCGGGCAGCAGGCACAGCGAGAUGGCCGCGCACGCCGCCCUGCUGCUGCUAGCGGUGACCGUGGCGACCUUGUUCACCACCACGCUGACACUGAUUCCCACCCUGGGUGAAAAGACGUGUCCCGAUGGCGACUAUCUUGUCAACGGCAUAUGUUGCAACAAGUGCCCACCGGGUUUCAAGUUGGUGGAAAAAUGCGUCGCCGAGGGCAUGAGGACCAACUGCACCAAGUGUGGCGCUGACGAGUUCAUGGACCAUAUGAACUACUAUCCCAAGUGUAUGCGAUGCAGGCAGUGCAAAUCAAGUAAGAACGAAGUGGAAGUAUCCAAAUGCGAACGGGACCGAAACACCCUCUGCCGCUGUAAGGAAGGCUAUUACACAUCCACAAUCGACACGGAGACGACCGAGUGUCAUAAAUGUUCCUUGUGCAAUUCUGACGAGAGAGAAGUCCAAACAUGUACGGCGGAGAGGAACACAGUGUGCGAAUGCAAGGAGGGUUACUACAGAGUGAAGGGGAAGUGUGGGCGUUGCAAGAGUUGCGGGCCAGGUUGCAAACAUCUCUGCAAGUCGCUUUCUUCCCAAAAUCCAACAGAUUCCGAGGAUGGAAACGGACACCUUGUUCACGUCCUCACAGCGGUGGUGGUUGUGGCCGUAACGUUGUUGAUGCUCAUCAUCUUCUACAUGGCCACAAAGCGCUUGGCCAAAAAGACGCUCUUGAAGCCGUCAUCCGGAACGCAGGAGGCGUCGCUGGACUCGCAAGGGAGCCUGUUUCCGAAUGAGGACCUGUCAAUAAUAGCGUCUUUUGAGGCUCCUGAGAGCGCCACGCUUUUGAACGAGCACUCCAAGCUUCCCGACUGUGUCCCGCUGGAGAUCAAGACUCACGACCUCAUCUACACUCUGCUUGACCAAGUUCCAGUGCAGCAGGUCAAGCAACUUGUGCGUUCCCUCGGCGUGACCGAGACGGUCAUCGAACGGGCCGAGCUAGACCACCGUGCCAGCAAGGAGGCCCACUACCAGAUGCUCAAAGCGUGGGCGGAGAUGGGCUGCCAGGUCGGCGGCGGCGGCGGCGGUCGAGGCGGGAUUCUCCACUCAUUAUUGCUACGGGACCUUUUGCUCAAACUUAGACUGAUGCACCUUGGGGGGGUGGCCGAGGAGUUGGAGACAAAGUACAACAUUCACUAACUUGCCGAUGUAUGCCAAGAAGGCCAACAACAAGAAAGAAAAGGGGAAAAAAAGACUGCCGCACCUGAAUCUGAGUAUUGUUCUCUAUAUGGACCUCAAGGAGACCCUGGGAGCUUUCCAAAGUGGACAGAGUCCUUGGACGUGGACCAAAACGGCUUUUGUGGCCAACAACAAUGAUCUCUGAACCUCUCAUCCUGACUUUUAACUACUGAGCGCUCAAAGGGUUGGAGACGCUUGCAGGAUUAACGUCGACUACGCGGCCGCCGCCAAGAUGGCGCCCGCUGAACGGGGAAACAGCGACCCAGGAUCGGUAGAAAGAAGUCAUAGGGAACGAGCCAUCAAUGGUAAAAAGAUGACAAUCCAGUCACAAUCAGGGUUGGAAACGCAUACUUCAUGAGUGCUCUAGGUCCGAAUUUCCCAACCUUUAUUGAGCCAAGGAACACGGGUUUUUCAUGAGAAAUAUCUCACACCACCAAACAAAAAGUGUACAUAAAAAGUCCUGAAAUCAUAAUGACUUUGUCUCAAUUAUACUGACAAAUUUACUUAUUCUGAAAUUUUGACCUUUCAUUACAAUGUGCAUAGAGAAAUGAGCGAAGAAAGAUUAUUUAUCGGAAGUAAAUUAAUGAUUUGCCAUCCACUUAAGUGAAAUAGGAUAAUUGUGGUUGGGAAAUCAUGCGAAAUCCAAAUUUUGGAGCUUUUUAUGGUUGGCAAGUAAUUGAAUUUUGAUUCAGAAAGGUACAAUUUGUUUCUCACUAAAUGAAGAAUGUUUUUUUGUUUUUUUUUUUAUGUAACUUUGCCAGUCAACUCAUAAGAAAAUCAUCACAUAUGACAGCACAUUUCCAACCUUUUUUUUUUCUUUUUUUUUAGGUGGAGUUUAUAUUUUGUUUUAGCUAAUGAAACAAAAUGCAGUUGCAAUAAUUGUGUUUUUGGUCAGCCACUGCUCCAUGUCAGGAAUGAAGCUUCCAAAGCGAGAACACUAGAACUAUCUACUGUAUUUGUUAAACCAAGUCGCUGGAGUGCAGAGUCAAAUCCAAAACCAACAAACGGGGCCCCCCGAAUCCUGCCAAGGCGUGCUGGAGUCAAAGGUCGGAUCGGCGCUAUUCUGGAAGUACUCGUUGUUCCAGUCGUUCCACAUUCCUAAGCUCACCGUUUCUUCAAGACGCAUCUCACUGGACGUAUUUAUUAUUUGUACAGAGUUACAACGGUUUCUUCAGUAUGUUGUGCUACUUUGGUACCGUAUUUUCCGCACUAUAAGGCGCACCGCAUUAUAAGAUGCACCUUCCAUGAAUGGCCUACAUUAAAACGUUUUUCAUAUAUAAGGCGCACCGUAUUAUAAGGCACAUAGAAUAGACGUGACAGUAGAGGCUGGGGUUACGUUAUGCGUCCAUUAGAUGGCGCUGCACUAAAGGCUCAAUAUUUACCCAUAUAUAAGGCGCACCUAAUUAUAGGGCGCACCAUCGGCUUUUGUGAAAAUGAAAGGCUUUUAGUUGCGCCUUGUAGUGCGUAAAAUACGGUAUUUUUUUGGGAAAGCUGUUUCUUCUCAUCUAAUGUUGGACUAAUUCCAUUGUACAGCAUGCACGUACCCUACAUGUGUACUACAGUGAGGGUAUUUCGAAACUGUGUGCCCACUGUAGACACUGCCAUCUUUGUUUCUAUUUUGGCAGAGGGGAAUGAGACACUGCUCAUAAAACAUUAGCAAUAUUUUGGGCUUUUAGGGGAAAUUUUGGGAUUAAAUGAAAAUGCACAAUAACCGUGACACGGUAGCUUCAUUUGACCUUCUCUAAACCUUUUAUACACAUUUCAGUACUUUUUGCUCCAUUUGCUUGUCUUUAACCAAAAUGUGAAUGCCAAAAUUCACCAUUCAGGUGUUUUUAUUUCCAAUUCUAUCCUUUUCUUUGCCUUUCGGUGGCUCUUCCGGUCUUGGAAAUUGAACAGUUUAGCCAUGGUCCAAUGAAGCUCACCUAGAGAGCUUGCGGUGCAUAUUCGGUCCAUCCAGAAAUUUCAUCCAAAAGCUGAAAUAUCCCUUUUUCUGUGAGUAGUGUAAUUUUGGCAAGGUUCAUCGGUCCCCCUCACUCCCCAUGACACCUGAACCGCUUCCCACCUCCCCUACAGCAUUCCUCAGUUCUCCAAACAGCACACAUUAUUCAUCAACGUUAGGGAAGGGCUACGCCUUGUCUCAACUCAUCUCACCAGUCAUUCAACCUCCGCUUCGUGGUGAGCUGCGCCAAGUUUAUUACUCAUACACCUUGUGCAUUAUAUUUAUGGUCGUUGCGAAACCUGCGCCAGUGUGUGAAGGGCGCUGAACAACAGCUGCGCUGUUUGCUCGUUUGAAUAAAAGG